AUGUCGUGGAGGGGCAUGGGGGCGUCGCGUAGAGUGAUCCUACAUAUGUACAAAACUCUAGUGAGAACAGUGAUUGACUAUGCGAGCCCUGUUCUUCUCAACAUGACUGACAGGGACGCUAGAGCCCUGGAGACGAUACAAAACGAAGCGCUACGCUAUGUCCUGGGUGCACCAAAGUGGACCAAGACAGAGAAUCUGAGGGCUGAGGCUCAGGUACCUUCACUGGCUGACAGAGUGAAGUACAUGACAGCCAACCUUACUCUCAAGACGUCCGUGAGGGCCGACCAUCCUGACAAUGUCCACGCCUUGCUGCAACGUCAUCAUGAGGAACAUCGAGGAGGAGGAAGGUGGAUCACCAGUGCAGCAGCCGCUCUUUGCGCCCACGGAGUGUCAUGGGAGGAGACAGCAGCCUACUUCACCGAUGGCUCCUCUGAUUCACAGACCGGCAAGUCAGGUGCCGCCUUUGUUUGCGUGGCGAGAGGAGAAGGCACACAAGGAGGCGACACUACCACGACCACCUCGGCUGCGCGCACCACAGAUCACUCGUCGUCCACCCAAACGGAGCUCGCUGCAAUACACAUGGCACUUGAACACGCCCACACCUCACACACUUUACAUGUGCUCAUCAACACAGACUCCAUGACAGCCAUACACUCCUUACGCACACAACACGGCGAAAACCAACACCUGACACACGCCAUACACACAGCGGCCAGAAGCCUCCACAACAGCGGCAGACUCGUCACCAUCAACUGGAUACCAUCACACGUGGGCAUCAGAAACAAUGAGAGGGCCGACACGCUGGCCAAGCAAGGCGCCCACCUCCCAUUGGUGACCAUCAACAUACCCCGGAGCUUACGUCAACUUCAAGGCAAAAUAAGACAUAGCGCGGUGCUCCAGAGACGGAGGCAGGAGCGAGAGGCACAGGCAGGAGACAGCAUCAGCGCCCGGUGGUAUGCAGAGGUGGCGGCGGCGAGGCCCUGUCAAACAGAUCAGGGAGAGAGCAAGAGAAUGGAAGUUGUCAGGUCCAGGAUACGGCUUGGAUACCAGUACGGAUGGCAACUUGGCAUCGCGGCGACCGACGAGCAAAAGCAGUGUCGCCUGUGUAGAGUGCGUGACGGACACACCCUCCAGCAUUAUUUAAGAGACUGUCCUCGUGUGCGUCAGCAAAGGGACCAGUGUGCAGUGCCUUCACCAACACUUGCUCAACUAGCCAUUCACUUUUUAGACAUACUUCCACAGACACUAAGGGUCCACCCUAACUUUUGUGCCAUUACCCCUUAA